AUGCUCCGACAUAUAAUGACAGGGUCCAAGCAUCAAUUACAUCCGCACCUCGGCGUCUCGGACUGCGUGCGGUUGCCGGCAAUUUCGUUCGUGAACCAGGAGGAAGAAGCCACUCUGGGUGACUCGCUUGAACUGCAAUGCGUGGUUCAUUUCGGCUCAGACUUUUCCGUGAUUUGGCUCAAGAAAAACCCGACGGAACCGCCGACUUCCGUGACUCUGUCGGUCGGAGGAAACGUCGUCAUUCCGGAUCCCAGAUUCCACGUGUUGAUCGAAGGCGGGAGCGAUGAGCAAGUUUACACCCUGGAGGUGAUGAUUCCAUCAAUACUGUUUUCUAUCAGGGACAUCACGGAGACUGACGAAGGCCUGUACGUGUGCCAAGUCGUCGUGUCGACGCAGGAGUCGGUGUAUGCGGAAGUCAACGUGUUGGUCCUGCGGCCGCCGACGAUUUCCGACGAGUCGACGAGGUCGUUGAUCGUCAGCGACGGUGACGAUUUCCGGCUCGACUGUAUCGCCACGGGCUACCCCGAACCCACCGUCACUUGGAGAAGGGCUAAGAACGAGCCCUUCUCGGGCCUCGACGGAGCCGUCGUCACUUACGGAGAAGAGCUGUUGAUCCCCAAUGCGACUAAAUUGGACCGAGGCACGUAUUACUGCAUGGCGUGGAACGGGGUCGGCAAGGGCGUCCGGAGGCGGAUGUCGGUGUCGGUGCAAUUCAAGCCGGACGUUUGGACGACGCGGUGGCGAGUUGGUCAAGCUCUCCAAUACGACCAAGUGAUGGAGUGCCACGUGGAUGCAUUCCCUUCGCCCGCCAUCGCUUGGAUAGCAAAUUAUGCCAUCACGGACGAAAUAACAUCCACUACAUUGACAGUCUUGAGUGCGGAGAAGCGCCAAUUUGGGAAUUACACUUGCAAAGCCGGGAACAAGUUUGGGUUCGCGGAAGCUGAUGUCAUGUUCUCAGGUGAGCAGGAUGAAUGA